AUGCCAAAGCGUGGGAAGAAAGCCGUAGCAGAAGACGGGGAAGAACCCAAGUCAGAGCCGGAGACCAAGAAGAGUAAAGGGGCAGCAAAGAAAAAAGAGAAAGAGGCCGCGGGAGAGGGCCCUGUCUUGUAUGGGGACCCUCCAGUUCAGAAAACCUCACCCAGUGGUAAAUCUGCCACUCUCAAGAUAUGCUCCUGAAAUGUGGAUGGGCUUCGAGCCUGGAUUAAGAAGAAAGAUUUAGAGUUGGUAAAGGAAGAAGCACCAGAUAUCUUGUGCCUCCAAGAAACCAAAUGCUCAGAGAACAAACUCCCGGCUGAACUUCAAGACCUGCCUGGACUCGCCCAUCAGUACUGGUUGGCUCCAUCAGACAAGGAAGGAUAUAGCGGUGUGGGUUUAUUUUCCCGCCAGUGCCCACUCAAAGUCUCUUAUGGCAUUGGUGAGAAAGAACAUGAUCAAGAAGGCCGGGUGAUUAUGGCUGAGUUUGAGUCCUUUGUCCUCGUAACAGCCUACGUCCCCAGUGCAGGCCGGGGUCUGGUAAGACUGGAGUACCGACAGCGUUGGGAUGAAGCCUUUCGCAAGUUUCUGAAGGACUUGGCUUCCCGAAAGCCACUUGUGCUAUGUGGGGACCUCAAUGUGGCUCAUGAAGAGAUUGACCUUCGAAACCCCAAAGGAAACAAAAAGAAUGCUGGCUUCACUCCCCAGGAGCGCCAAGGCUUUGGGGAGAUGCUGCAGGAUGUCCCGCUGGCUGACAGCUUCCGGCAUCUCUACCCCAGCACCGCCUAUGCGUACACCUUUUGGACUUACAAGAUGAAUGCUCGGGCUAAGAAUGUCGGUUGGCGCCUUGAUUACUUUUUGUUGUCGCACUCUCUUUUACCUGCAUUGUGUGACAGCAAGAUCCGCUCCAAGGCUCUGGGCAGUGACCACUGUCUCACCCUCUACCUCGCCCUGUGA